ACGAAUAGUCUGUGAAUCAAGUCAGAUGUAAAAAUAUCAAAUUUUUCAUUAAUUUAAUUUCUAUGAAGUACUUCAAAAACAGAUAAAGAGGAAUAGGCAAUAAUUCAUUCACACUUACACAUAGAUAACUGUCGUGAUUUAAUGUUAUUGAAUAAUAACAGUUUUGGAAGUAUCCGGCUACCCCAAGCUAAGAAUAUGGAUGCUCCUAAGACAUCUGAUGUCGUCUUAGUGGCUGGAAAUUCUCAUCCAGAACUUGCUAAUCUAAUAGCUAAACGUUUGGGGGUAAAAACAGGAGGAUGUGCCGUUUACCAUAAGCAGAAUCGAGAAACCAUGGUACAAAUUGGUGAUUCAAUAAGAGGGAAAGACAUUUAUAUCAUACAAACUGGAACCAAAGAUGUAAACAACAAUAUCAUGGAGCUACUGAUAAUGGCUUAUGCCUGUCAAACAUCGUCGGCAAAAUCAGUUGUUGGUGUAAUUCCAUACCUACCUUACAGUAAACAAUGUAAAAUGCGUAAAAGGGGAUGUAUAGUGACAAAACUGCUUGCCCAGAUGAUGUGUAAAUCAGGACUCACACAUGUUAUAACAAUGGAUUUGCACCAGAAGGAAAUACAAGGUUUUUUCGACUGCCCAGUUGACAACUUGAGGGCUAGUCCAUUUUUACUUCAGUACAUUCAGGAGUGUAUUCCAGAUUAUCGCAAUUCUGUGAUAGUUGCCCGUAAUCCGGGGUCAGCAAAAAAGGCUACCUCUUACGCUGAACGUUUACGUCUGGGUAUUGCGGUAAUCCACGGAGAGCAGAAAGAAUCGGAAUCUGAUGAAAUCGAUGGCAGGUAUUCUCCACCAACUUUGCCUAGAUCACGUACCAUGGAUGCCGGAGUUGGGGUGCCAAUACACAUUGCCAAAGAGAAACCGCCAAUAAAUGUGGUGGGAGACGUUGGAGGAAGAAUUGCCAUCAUGGUGGACGACAUGAUUGACGAUGUUCAAUCAUUUGUUGCUGCUGCUGAAGUUCUAAAAGAACGUGGAGCAUAUAAAAUUUAUGUCAUGGCUACCCAUGGACUUCUAUCAUCAGAUGCACCAAGACUUAUCGAAGAUUCCCCAAUCGAUGAGGUUGUCGUGACAAAUACUGUACCGCACGAGUUACAAAAGAUGCAAUGUCAUAAGAUUAAGACAGUUGAUAUUUCAAUAUUAUUAUCGGAAGCUAUAAGAAGAAUACAUAACAAAGAAUCCAUGUCCUACUUAUUUAAGAAUGUUACUCUAGAGGAUUAAGGUCUAUGUCUUUAGUAUGCAACUUUAUGUAAAAAUGCAGCGAUAAUGUAAUUGAAUCAAUUCACUCUGUAUUAUAAAUCUUGCUAUCGUUUUAUUUGUAAUUCACCGAUAUCAGUAUAAUAUAUCAAUAUUUUAUCAA